CUGAUUCUGAAAUUCAUAGAUUCUCAAGUUACAUGCAAUUUUCUAAUAGCAAGAAUAAUGCCUUUGUUUUCCAAGAUUUCCCAUCUCUUCUUAUUGCUCUUUGUUAGUACAUUAUCAUCCUCAUCAUCUCCCUUUGGUUACAACCAUCCAUUGGACUCUCUCACUCUAUCUGAACUAACUCAAGUAAAAACCAUAGUCAAAAAGUCCUAUCUUUUAAUCAAUGUAACCUUUCAUUACGUUGGCCUAAAUGAACCUGAGAAACCAUUAGUCCUUUCAUGGAUAUCAAUCAAUCAUCCCACCAAGAAUCCACCUCGCGAAGCUAUUGUUAUCACUCAAAUUGAUCAAAAAACACAUGAAAUCAUCGUAGACUUAUCGAGUGAUUCAAUUUUAUCAGAUAAGAUCUAUGAUGGGCAUGGCUAUCCUAUGCUUACCUCUCAAGAACAGAACGUUGCCGAAAAGUUACCGUUUACAUAUCAACCAUUUAUAUCCUCCAUUGAAAAGAGGGGGCUAAGGCUAAAAGAAGUGGUGUGCCAAAGCUCCACUGUUGGAUGGUAUGGAGAGAAAAGGAAGAGUAAUAGAAUGAUUAAACUCAUUUACUAUUACUUAGAUGGCAUGGUUAAUCUUUAUAUGAGACCUAUUGAGGGAAUUACAAUUGUUGUUGGUCUUGAUCAAAUGAAAAUCGCGAGUUACCUUGAUCGUUUGAUGGUUCCAGUCCCCAAAGCUGAUGGAACAGAUUACAUUGAACCAAAGCCGAGGGCUCGCUCCAAUUUGCAACUAGAUGGAAAAAGAAUAAUGCAGCCUGAUGGACCAACUUUUACUCUAGAUGGAAACGCAGUGAGGUGGGCUGACUGGAAGUUCCACGUGGAUUACGAUAUGAGAGCAGGAAUAAUCAUAUCACUAGCAUCGAUCUUUGACGAUGACAAGGGAGAAUUCAGAAGUGUCUUGUACAGAGGAUUUAUAUCAGAAGUUUUUGUGCCAUACAUGGAUUUGAGUGAAGACUGGUAUGAUAGGACCUUUUUUGAUGCAGGUGAAUUUGGAUUCUGUCUUUCUGCUGUAGAGCUUCAAGCAUCAAAAGAAUGUCCGGAGAAUGCAAAGUUUCUUGAUGGAUAUUCUAUCUAUCAGGAUGGUACUCCAGGAAAAAUGCCUAAUGUAAUUUGUAUAUUCGAACAUUAUGCUGGAGAUAUCAUGUGGCGCCAUACCGAGCUUGCAAUUCCCGGAGAAGUGGUAAAUCAACUUCUGCAGAUAGAGAAAGUUAAACCAGCGGUGAGCCUGGUGGUACGAAUGGUGUCAACUGUAGGGAACUAUGAUUACAUUACUGACUAUGAGUUCAAGCAAAGUGGCAGCAUCAAAGUCACUGUUGGCUUAACUGGUAUGCUUGAAGUAAGGGGAUCGAUGUACACUCACAACGACCAGAUAACGGAAGAAGCCUACGGUACACUAGUAGCAGAAAACACUUUAGGUGCAUAUCGUGAUCAUUUUUUAACCUUUCACCUUGAUUUAUACGUGGACGGAUUAUAUACUGAUCAAAGCCAUAAUGAUACAUUAGCCAUGUGGAUCCUCAUGGAUAGGGAAAUUGAUAACAAGGAUAUUGUAUUAAGGUACACAUUGGGUGUCCAUCAUGUACCUAAGCAGGAAGAUUUUCCAGUUAUGCCAACAUUAAGUACUAGUUUGGAGCUCAGGCCUGCUAAUUUUUUUCAGCAUAAUCCAUUUCUUUAUUAA